CCUCAGGUGUUCUACAUAUUGUUAACUAACUAUCGGUGGCGGGUAUUCCAAUUUCUUGCUUUAUAAGUAUCUUUUUGCAGUUUUAUAUUUGCUUUUGUCACACAACAAAAUGUUUGACACGGCUGCUGGGUAUCCUACUAAGAGAGUAAAUUCAAUCAUAAUAAUAGUGUCAUACAAGUAAUAGUGUAGGACUGUAUAGUAUAUUGUUCUGCAGUAUGCGUCAUUGAUAUAUUUAUAAAACAAGGGUACGCCCAGCAUUUCCAUAUUGCCUCUGUGACCUCAGGAGGUCCGAUACUUUGUAUAAACGAAUGUCAGAGAGGACAGCCUCCUUAAAUGCCAUUUGUUUGCUUGUUGUCGUCACACUAAUUACAAAUUCACCACCUUCAUUGUAAUUCCCUAAAUUGACCUUUGACUGUGGAUACACAGAUAAAAAUGUGCUUUAUUUUUGUCUGACUCAUAAUAAGAAUUCUAUGCUAUCUGUAAUUUGAAAUGUCACUGGAAGUGUCUCAGUCCUCUUGUUCACCUUUUGGCAAAGAGAUGAAUAAACGCUUUGAGAAAUACAGGGUUUUCUCUCGAUUAUAUAUAACAAUAAUGCAAUGUACGAAUAUAAUUGGGACGUUGAAUGACGGUAAUGACAAAACAACGGCCUGAAUAUACCUUUGGUCUCAUCAACAACUGUUAAAUGUUAUUAUAGUGAAUUGGGUGACAUGCCUAUAGGCCUAUAAGUUUAAUUUGAUGUCUUCAGGCAGUCAGUUGGACAUAUUGUUAUUGCUGAUAUGAAAUUCAAUCUAUCUUGCAAAACAAUCAGUAUAUGUAUGGGGCGGGCGACUUUGGUAUCUGUGAAUUAGAAAUUAAUGGUGCCACAUUAUAGCAAGAGAAAUGGUGUCCCAUGGUGAAGCAUACAGACGCAUACACGUUUUUUAUUGGCAAUAAAGGUUUAUGGCACAUUGGUGUCAUGAGUGUCAAAGACAAAGAGGAGGACCCACGUGCAAAUAAAGGAAAAUGUUUAUUAAUACAAAAAAAGCAAAAGGCAAAACCAAAAGCUUUGUUUUUUCAGAUGUCCGUCAAAAUCUAAAUACAAAUCCAAUAGUAGAAAUACCAGAGUCAGGGGGAAGUCAACAGCACCUGUUUUCAAGUUGUAUUGACUUCAUAAUGUUGAGGGAUAUUAGGUGACCAAAGUGCUGCUCAUGCUGCAACACAAUUAUAUCACUGGGGGUUAACAUAUUCAUUAAAUCUGCCACCUUUGGUCUCCUUUUUGUCUUCAUAAAGGUCUCUGACUGUAUCUCUGUUUCUAAUCGGUUCAUCUCUCUCUGAGUAGGCCUGUAUGCGCAGUUUGCAUGUCUGCCUGACAGGACUCUAAACCCCUUUAUAAACCACACCUGGGUCACCUAGAGAGUCACAGCUUUGCAAAAAGGGAGACAGAAAGCCAAGUGCUGCUCAAAGCAAAUCAUCUCUUGUCUUUCUGAUUUGCUGUUUUUUCCUUUUGGGUGCCAUGUGGAAAGCUGUUGCACUGGUGGUAUGUGUGCUGGUGGCCGGGGUUCAGCCCCUGGAAGAGCCAUCGUACGGGGUGAAGCUCUGUGGCCGCGAGUUCAUCCGGGCGGUCAUCUUCACAUGUGGAGGCUCACGGUGGAAACGGUCCCUCAAGAGUGCAGAUUCUUCAGAGGACCCAUUCAGCUCCCAUCAGGAUGAAUCCUCAGCGGGUGUGAGUCACAACUUUGUGGUGGAGGGUCUCCUCCAGGGGACCAGAGAUUUAAGCAUCACACCCAGAGACAACCAGGGGGACGUGUUUAGCAGGAAGGCCCGUUCUUUCAUCACAGAGGAGAUCCUGGAAGCCCUUCGCAAGGCUGACCGCAAGGGCCGGGACGUGGUGGUGGGCCUGUCCAACGCCUGCUGCAAGUGGGGCUGCAGCAAGAGCGAGAUCAGCUCCCUUUGCUGAGAGACCCCCACACCCUUCAUGUGAGAGGGAAGACACAGGCAGACGAAUAUGUGUACAACACACAUUUAUACAUCCGCACUUCUGUUUCACUCUUUAUAAAUCAAGUGUCUUCAGUGAAACCGUUAAACAAAAGUUUAAAUUGUUGUUUUAUUUUGAGUCUGAAUGAAUGGAAAGGGCUGCUUGUGUCCGUAAAGUUUCUGUGUAAUUUCUGUGAAAUAAAACUAAUUUUUGGCUUUUUACAUAUCA